AUGAAAACUAGUGAACUUCAAACACGAAGCACGAGUGAAAUUCUGUCAAACGAUAACAUACCAAGUGUAAAUGAACAUGUCCCAAGAUGUCACGUACUUAGUCCAAGCCAAAUUAGUUCUGAGGACAUUGAACCUACCACAAAUAAAGGUAUCUCAAAUGGCGUAGAAAAUGAUCACAACUUCGUAGAAAAUAGACAAAAUUGCAGGUACAUUUCACCAAACAUUUUAUUGAAAAAAUCAUUUGCCAAUAUAAAUUUGGACACUUUAGAUUAUUCAGUACAGAAUAUGCAUUUGAUCAAGCAAUUAAUGAAGAAAGGCCAAAAAGAACUGAUUACUUUACGAAAAACAAUUAAAAAAACAAAAAUGCAGGUACAUCGUUAAAAAAAAUGACCCAGCCGUUGAAAACUGUAUUUCAACAAAUGAAACAGCAAAAAGUAUUACCUGAAACCGUAAGUGACAUGUUACAUGUAAGUAGUGAAGAUUUUACAUAACAUUUUUAUUUACAGUACAAAUUGUCCUAAAAUUUAUUUUUCACUUUUUUAAACCAACAAUCAUGUUAAUACUAUAGAUUUUUACUAUGAAGUUUAUUGUUUAAUUUUAAGUAAUUUCUACCGUCGACUUUAUUGAGCGAUCAUUCAUUCAUAUAUUUUUUAAAAAUCAUUACCAU